AUGGCACCAGUAUAUGACAACACAGCCAUACCAGGCACACUCACCCUGGUGGAUGUGAACCAUGUCCUAGAAGCCAGACACUUAGAUCGCGGGGACCGAGACAUUGUCCUAGUUCCGACACCUUCAAAUGACCCAGACGAUCCUCUCAAUUGGAGUCCGAGACGGAAGCUUCUAUCUACUGCCUGUGUGAGCAUCUAUACAUUGUUCUCCGGUAUUGCUUGCUCGGUCGUUUAUUCAGUCCUUGGUCCUCUCCAUGAAGCAACAGGGUUACCUGUUAGUACCUUGAAUGAGGGAACAGGGUAUAUGUUCUUGUUGGCCGGUUGGGGGUUGUUAUUCUGGCAACCUUUUGCUAUGCAGUACGGCAAGCGGCCGACAUAUAUCUUGUCCCUGAUAGGUAUUCUGGGAGUGACAAUGUGGGGUCCCUAUGCAGGCACCAAUGGCCAGUGGAUCGCACGAAAUGUCAUCUCCGGAUUCUUCACAGCACCCGUUGAAGCCCUCCCCGAAAUCUCAGUUACAGACGUGUAUUUCACCCACGAACGUGGAAUGUACAUGGGGUUGUACGCCUUCUUCCUAGCAGGAAGUAACUAUUUCGCACCAGUUAUCUGCGGCUUCAUCGCCCAGUACCAAGGCUGGAGAUGGGUAUUCUACUGGCCGAGCAUCUUCGUCGGCUGCGCAGCCACCUUCCUCUUUUUCUUCUGUGAAGAGACAAACUAUGUGCGAGAGCAUGUUGAGGAACCUAGUGCAAUCGUGCGGACUGGAUCGUCAACGCAAAGUGCGAACAGCGCUGAAGAUACUGAGAAAACUUCUCCUGUUGUUAACUCGACGCCCGAAGCGGAGGCUGGUGUGAUGCACACUAAGAAGUCGUAUGCGAAGAAGUUGUCACUUCUGGGCCCACGCCAAGAGCAGAAUACUAUGCUCCGUCGGUUCUGGCCGAUUCUGUAUUAUCUGUCGUGGCCGGUUAUUUUCUACGCCGGAUUCUCCUAUGGUUCUUACCUGGUUCUUUUCAACAUCCUAAAUGGAACUGCUUCAAUCAUUCUUGGUGGUGCUCCAUAUAAUUUUGGAUCUUCCAUGGUAGGCCUCAGCUACCUAGCAUGCUGUCUUGGGGUGAUCCUUGGAUCCAUCUUCACCGGCCGCUUCAGCGACUGGCUCACUAUCAAACUCGCUCGCCGCAACAACGGAGUCAUGGAAGCAGAGCACCGCUUAUGGCCAUUCCUCGCCUGUCUGGUGCUUGUUCCUGCAUCCUUAAUUCUAUGGGGCGUCGGCGCUGCCCACGAUAUCCACUGGUUCGGAUUGAUUGUGGCCAUGUGCAUGCUUGCCUUCACCAAUACCUGCGGUAUUACUCUUAGCGUCAACUAUUUCAUUGACAGCUAUCGAGAGCUGAGUGGUGUUGCUAUGGCGAGUGUCAUCUUGGUUCGCAAUACCAUGUCAUUUGCCAUUGGCUAUGGCAUUACACCCUGGAUCGAUAAUAUGGGCUACCAGAACUGCUUCAUCUCUGCCGCUUUCAUUGGCAUGGCAUGUGCCGCAGUGUUCCUAUUCAUGAUCAAGUUCGGCAAGACAUUUCGCGAACGCACACGCGAGAAGUACUGGAAACUUGUCCAGGAGAAUUGGGAGCAUGGAAUGGGCCAUUAA